GGCUGAUAAAGGACAAGUCAUUCUUCGUGGUGCAAGAUAUGCCGUACCGCCAGUUCUACCCGGAAGCACCGGAGGAGGAGUUUCUCACAAAGUCCUUCCUGAAGGAGCGGAACCUGAAAGUCAUCAAGUUGGUGAAGCCGUUCAAGGAGGAGGUAGACGAUGAUGAUGACGACGAAGAAGAUGACAAGGUUGCAGAAUAUGCACCAGUACCAUGGUUGUACUGAGCGGCCAAUCCUACAACAGGCGAUGAUGCAUUUUGAGAAGGCAGGUGCGCAGGGUUUGAUGCAGACACAGCUGCAGUCGUUGAUGACCCUGCCCCGUCUCGAGUGUCGCACCAUCGUCCGUAAUCUCCUCAAAAGUGGGGUCAUCACCAGUGUUAUGAAGAGUUUCGGCAAACAGAGAACGUCGAUUUUGAUAGCGACCAAGUUCUACAAUGCGAGUAAGCUGAGCCAAGAGUUUGACAUUGAGAAGAGUCGACUGAUGGAACACAUGCAGGGGGAGAUAUUAUCACCAGAUGAAAGUGUAGUGGAGUUGCCGGACAUGGAGACAUCGCAGACUGAGGCAACAACAGAUGUCGAUACCUCAACCAAUCCGACGCCAGACGUGUCGACUGUCAGUGUGUCGGUUGUCAGCACUCCAGAAGCAGACGUCACUAAAACUCCUCCUGCAAAAGCAGGGAAGCGGAAGUCGAAACUCUCCAACAUCGGGUCACCGGCUGCUAAAUCUCCCAAAACAUCCAUUUCCACCCCUGAAGGCCAACUGCUUGACCUCAAAAAUUUAACUGCCCUCAAGCUGAGAAGGGCAAACAAGAUUCUUGAUGCCUUGAAAGAAGCAAAAGUGUUUGAAAGUAUUCCCGCCAUCUAUAAGAUGCUGCUGAUGACAGAGGCAGAAGAGGGAUGUACAGAGAGGAUGGACAGGAAGACGAUGACCCAACUCAUCAACUGGCUCAAAGCUAGCGGCAAGAUCAAGAUUAUGAAGUCGAUUGUUCAGCAAGAGGACCAGGUCCUUGAGCUGGAGUUUGUGUGUUCGCCUGACGUGCAGCCACAGGACCAGAUAAUCAAAACCUUCAUCGACCAUGCCAAGAUGAAAAACUUCGGGAUGAAGAAGAAACAUGGCAGCAAGUCGUCAAGGAGUGAUCCAACACUGCAUCUGCCACCAGAUCUUCCCCAGAGUCUUCGAGAGAGCAUAAUGAAGUUCCUCGAGUAUCGCAGCAAGGUGAAGGUGGAGGAGAUGGUGUAUGACCCGAGCGCCUACGUGAAAUACAACUUCUUGCCGAAGGUGAAGCGUCACAAGAUGGUGUACGAGUACCUCCACUAUCUCCUGUAUGGCUACGCUGGACGCCUUGUUGAUCAGUCCGAUUCUACCGAGGCCUCAGCUCUGAGUCAGGAUGACGAGUCCGGGGAUGCUGGAGUGAAGUCGGACGAGCAGAAUUUCCAGUCUGUCUAUGAACAGAUUGAAGCCAUGAAGGAACCGCCAUUGUUUCUGGAUGAGUUGUUAUGGAAACGGUAUCUGGCACCACUAAGGUCAAAUCAUGGACACGGCCAGGGCUGGUUUCUGAUGAGUGAUGUGCUUGUGUUGAUGCCACUGGUGGUCUUCUGUCAGGUUGUCAGUCUGCCGUACAAGAUUGAUGGUCUGCUGGAGUUGCUGGACCACCCCAAGAAGCGGUUCUACCCGGUUGUGUGCCUCCCGCCGGCCAUCAGACAGCAGGUACUCUUUGCACGGCGCUACACACAGUCCUUCCACGAUAGCUGCUACCAGCUCUGCCUGAUGGGUCUGCUGUCAUUUGGGCCGCAAGUCUUCAAAGACAAGGACAAGUGUUUUGCGUUCCUACACAAGAAGGCUCUCCUGUUCGACACCAGGACAUCCAUCAUUGCCUACUGCAAGACCACCCCUGAAUUUGAAAUACCCUUCAAGGAACAGUACUACACUCUCGACACAGAUGAGGAUGUGCACACUUACUGGUGUGACAUGGAGGUCACAGCCCUCAACUCCAACCUUGGUUACAAGGGAGUACUGGACAACGAAGACGACACAGAGCCCAGCUUUUCUCUGGUGGACGCCCUGACUAACGUCAAGUUCCAGGAGGACCCCCCAACCCCUUAUCUCCCGGGGGACAGGCGUGGCGCAGCAGGCUUCGACUCCAGUUUGUUUCUACACCUAAUCCGGAACUGGUCACGUCCGGGGGAUGUGAGACGGAAAAAGCCAGACACUCACAAUGAACUGGUCAAGCGGAGAGCAGCACAGCGGACGAACAAAAAGAAAACAGGUGUUCAAGAGAGGAAUGAAGGUGGGAGGUUGAAGUUCCUGUCCACGUCUCUCAGCCAGCGACUACCACGAUUGAUCCCACAACAACAGCUGGGCAUGAUGGGACCUUUCACUGAAGAUGCUAAACCAACCGUGACCAAGAAGCCCCGGGGGAACCGGGGUGGGAAGGGGAUCAAGAGGAAACCCCUUGACAAACCUGCUGAUAGUGUGAAGAAGAUGAAGAUCCCCAAGCUGAGGACUGCUUUCAGGAUCUCUAACAAAAACAGGAAGCUCAGGACGAAGAAGCAGCCUGAAGACAGGAUGCGUAAGCGUACCUAUGACGACAUUGACCGAUCGGCUCUGGGCAUGAUGAUUCAGGAGCGGGUGACCUGGACAGCUCGGGAAGACACCAUUAUACUGCUGUGCAAGACGGCAAGUUUGCUUCUGGCCCGCCAUCGUCGCAGUAUGAUCGUCCCGUGGACAGUAGUCCGCGACAUCCUGCAUGAAUCUGUCCCUGAGUCGAAAGACAAGUCCUCCCCAGCUUGCCAAAGACGGGUGGCUUUUGGGAUGAAAAACCCUCAGACGAUGAUGAGUGUGUCCAUCUACCUGGGAGAAGCUCAUCAGGACAAGGUGCUGAUGGAGAAGUAUGGAUACCGAGCAUUCAAAUCUGUGGAAAAGGACAUCAGGGAAAUCUUCAAGGGAUGUGUCCAGAUGCUCAUUGACAAAUUCACGUCUGGUGGACAGGAGAAGAUAAUCCUGCCGGACACCCUGACGGAGUUAAGGGAAAAUUACAUUGUGAAGGUGGCUGGACCAAUCUCCUCGAAAGAGCAGGCGAUGGAAGUCACAAGGGAGAAGGAUGUGUACUACUACACCCUGCAGAACCUCAUACAUUCUUACAUAUCAGCACAGAAGGACAAGCAAGGCCGAGCAUACGAGAUGUUUCGCCUCUUCAAGCAGUACCCGGAUGAGUUGUUGGCCCAGGUCUUCAACGACAUGAACAAGAUGGGACUCAUCACCAAGGUCAAGAAGGACAACCCGAAUCACAUCAGGAAGCGCCAGUUUGUCACAGCAGUUGCGCACAAGAAGCUCACACAGAAGUAUUACUGGAACUUCCACUCCCGGUACCCAGCAAACCUGUUCACCCAGAGCUACACAAUGCUGGACAAGAUAGUCCAGGUGUACACCGACGGAGUCAGUGAUGGGGUGGAGCUGGGGGGAGAGACCGGCGACUACCUGGGGGGACAUGUUGCCACAAUCUGUGGACUGUUUGCAAUGAAGAAGCUUGACUUCUGCCUGCGUAUCCCAGAAGACAUUCUUAUUGUGGAUAAAGUGGGUUUGGUAAAGGAUCCGGUCGGACGAGGGAAGACUCAGACCCGGUUAGCACCGUCCCAGACGUCAACAACAAGACCACAUGCUUCAGUGUCAACAUCUGUGUUGGCAUCUUCAUCAGUGUCCAUGGCAGUGUCAUCCUCCACAUCAGCCUCAACUUCAACAUUCAUCUCCACGUCUGCUUCAACAUCCACAGAAACCUCAACGCAGCCAGUGGUGCCUGAAAGUGACAUGGUUGUCGUGGAGGAAGUGGAAGUCGCAGCUGAUAGCAGCAUCCCCCAUGCAGCCACUGGUCCGGAACCAAGCACAUCGACUGCUGCAGACACUGUUGAAACCACGAUGAAACGAAGGAACUGCCGAAGCCUUGUCAUCAUCGAAGGCGAUGUCAAUUCUGGAGAAAGCUUGUUAUCCAAGGUUCCAUCUCGGAAUGCUUCCCGCUCCCUCCUCUCCCUGGCUCGGAACCGGAUCCUGUCCUCAGUUGAUACCAAAUCGUCAAAUGUUCAGGAUCACUUUGUCAUCAACUCGUGCGACGUCAAAGUAUCCCUCCACCUGGCGUCUACUGUAACGCCGUCUGCUGAUGGCCGACUGACCGACCGUGAGCUGGAGGAGACGAAGAACCUGUUCCUGAAGCCUCAGAAGGCCAAGGAGAUGUAUCGCAGGCACCUGCAGUACUUCCCCUUCCACUUGGACCUGCAGGAGGUGUGGGAGGAGCUGGGCAUGGAGUAUGGUACCGAGGAUGUCGUCAUGGUCAAGACGGUGUACGAGACCAUCCAUGACAGCGGAAGCGUUGGCGUCCGCGAGAGUGCUGUCAAGGCUGAGUUCAAGACAAAGUGCAACAUCUCGCUGGUCAUCAUGGUGCUGUUGGAGCAGAAAGCGAUCCUGCGUGUGGGAGUGGCCAAAGUGAGGCUUGUGAGUCUUGCCAGUGCCAGACCAUGGCUGAUCCACUCCUACAAGAACACCAAGGGUCGGACCUCAAUGUUCAGGAGCAUGGACCAGGAGUCAGACAGAGUGUCCCUGGAUGAGUUUCCAGAUGGACAGCCUCGGACAAGGAGAGGAAAGUAUGUCUGUGAUGCUGGAACCAGUACUGCAGAUCUGAAUCAAUCUGAUGAAGGAAGCCUCAUGGACCAAGGAACUCAGACUACACUACCAGAGAUGCCGUUUGCCCUGAGCUCAUAUGAGAAGGUUCGGCUGAUUGCCCGGCCAUGGAGGAAGCCAGAGGGGCAUCUCAACAAAUGGCUGCUGAAGUUCAUGCUGGAGUCCGUGAUGCUGUAUAUCAUGUCCAACCCGGGGGUCCGCAACACUGUCAUCUACCAGAAGUACACACCCUACCUGCAGCCAGUGGUUGUACAGGAGCUUGUAGAGAUGCUGGAGGAUCUCAACUGUCUUUCCCGGACAUGUCUCACGGUCAAAGUCAAGUCGUCCCUGUUUAACAGUGCCAAGGUUGAGAGAGUCGCUUCCGGGAGCCUUGAUGACGACAUUGUGAUGUACGAAGCCAAGAUGGACUGCACCUUCAAGCUGGGACAGUUUGUGUCGUCGCUGACGUGAAACCUGACGAUGACUGUCGCCAUCAUCCUGUCAAUCACUGAACAUACUAACUAGUGGUGUUCCGAUUAAUUGAAAUAAUCGAAGAUUGGUCGCAGUGUCCAAACGACCAAGCAAUCGAUGACAUUUUCUCAUAAUCGAACACCAACAA